AUGAAUUGUAAACGCUCGCCGCCGUGCGCCUACACCGAGAGUAGUCACCUGUCCGGCACGGCUCUAGUCCAGGCGUCCUGGUCGUCGUCGUACGCCAGGCGCGCGACCUGCGCGCGGCCCGCCAGCGGCACGAAGGAGUCGGCCAGGAGCAGCCUGCGCCGGAGCCCCGCCACCAGCGCGGCCUGCAGCGCCUCGUGCUCGCGCCGCUCGCCGCCGUGCGCCUACACCGAGAGUAGUCACCUGUCCGGCACGGCUCUAGUCCAGGCGUCCUGGUCGUCGUCGUACGCCAGGCGCGCGACCUGCGCGCGGCCCGCCAGCGGCACGAAGGAGUCGGCCAGGAGCAGCCUGCGCCGGAGCCCCGCCACCAGCGCGGCCUGCAGCGCCUCGUGCUCGCGCCGCUCGCCGCCGUGCGCCUACACCGAGAGUAGUCACCUGUCCGGCACGGCUCUAGUCCAGGCGUCCUGGUCGUCGUCGUACGCCAGGCGCGCGACCUGCGCGCGGCCCGCCAGCGGCACGAAGGAGUCGGCCAGGAGCAGCCUGCGCCGGAGCCCCGCCACCAGCGCGGCCUGCAGCGCCUCGUGCUCGCGCCGCUCGCCGCCGUGCGCCUACACCGAGAGUAGUCACCUGUCCGGCACGGCUCUAGUCCAGGCGUCCUGGUCGUCGUCGUACGCCAGGCGCGCGACCUGCGCGCGGCCCGCCAGCGGCACGAAGGAGUCGGCCAGGAGCAGCCUGCGCCGGAGCCCCGCCACCAGCGCGGCCUGCAGCGCCUCGUGCUCGCGCCGCUCGCCGCCGUGCGCCUACACCGAGAGUAGUCACCUGUCCGGCACGGCUCUAGUCCAGGCGUCCUGGUCGUCGUCGUACGCCAGGCGCGCGACCUGCGCGCGGCCCGCCAGCGGCACGAAGGAGUCGGCCAGGAGCAGCCUGCGCCGGAGCCCCGCCACCAGCGCGGCCUGCAGCGCCUCGUGCUCGCGCCGCUCGCCGCCGUGCGCCUACACCGAGAGUAGUCACCUGUCCGGCACGGCUCUAGUCCAGGCGUCCUGGUCGUCGUCGUACGCCAGGCGCGCGACCUGCGCGCGGCCCGCCAGCGGCACGAAGGAGUCGGCCAGGAGCAGCCUGCGCCGGAGCCCCGCCACCAGCGCGGCCUGCAGCGCCUCGUGCUCGCGCCGCUCGCCGCCGUGCGCCUACACCGAGAGUAGUCACCUGUCCGGCACGGCUCUAGUCCAGGCGUCCUGGUCGUCGUCGUACGCCAGGCGCGCGACCUGCGCGCGGCCCGCCAGCGGCACGAAGGAGUCGGCCAGGAGCAGCCUGCGCCGGAGCCCCGCCACCAGCGCGGCCUGCAGCGCCUCGUGCUCGCGCCGCUCGCCGCCGUGCGCCUACACCGAGAGUAGUCACCUGUCCGGCACGGCUCUAGUCCAGGCGUCCUGGUCGUCGUCGUACGCCAGGCGCGCGACCUGCGCGCGGCCCGCCAGCGGCACGAAGGAGUCGGCCAGGAGCAGCCUGCGCCGGAGCCCCGCCACCAGCGCGGCCUGCAGCGCCUCGUGCUCGCGCCGCUCGCCGCCGUGCGCCUACACCGAGAGUAGUCACCUGUCCGGCACGGCUCUAGUCCAGGCGUCCUGGUCGUCGUCGUACGCCAGGCGCGCGACCUGCGCGCGGCCCGCCAGCGGCACGAAGGAGUCGGCCAGGAGCAGCCUGCGCCGGAGCCCCGCCACCAGCGCGGCCUGCAGCGCCUCGUGCUCGCGCCGCUCGCCGCCGUGCGCCUACACCGAGAGUAGUCACCUGUCCGGCACGGCUCUAGUCCAGGCGUCCUGGUCGUCGUCGUACGCCAGGCGCGCGACCUGCGCGCGGCCCGCCAGCGGCACGAAGGAGUCGGCCAGGAGCAGCCUGCGCCGGAGCCCCGCCACCAGCGCGGCCUGCAGCGCCUCGUGCUCGCGCCGCUCGCCGCCGUGCGCCUACACCGAGAGUAGUCACCUGUCCGGCACGGCUCUAGUCCAGGCGUCCUGGUCGUCGUCGUACGCCAGGCGCGCGACCUGCGCGCGGCCCGCCAGCGGCACGAAGGAGUCGGCCAGGAGCAGCCUGCGCCGGAGCCCCGCCACCAGCGCGGCCUGCAGCGCCUCGUGCUCGCGCCGCUCGCCGCCGUGCGCCUACACCGAGAGUAGUCACCUGUCCGGCACGGCUCUAGUCCAGGCGUCCUGGUCGUCGUCGUACGCCAGGCGCGCGACCUGCGCGCGGCCCGCCAGCGGCACGAAGGAGUCGGCCAGGAGCAGCCUGCGCCGGAGCCCCGCCACCAGCGCGGCCUGCAGCGCCUCGUGCUCGCGCCGCUCGCCGCCGUGCGCCUACACCGAGAGUAGUCACCUGUCCGGCACGGCUCUAGUCCAGGCGUCCUGGUCGUCGUCGUACGCCAGGCGCGCGACCUGCGCGCGGCCCGCCAGCGGCACGAAGGAGUCGGCCAGGAGCAGCCUGCGCCGGAGCCCCGCCACCAGCGCGGCCUGCAGCGCCUCGUGCUCGCGCCGCUCGCCGCCGUGCGCCUACACCGAGAGUAGUCACCUGUCCGGCACGGCUCUAGUCCAGGCGUCCUGGUCGUCGUCGUACGCCAGGCGCGCGACCUGCGCGCGGCCCGCCAGCGGCACGAAGGAGUCGGCCAGGAGCAGCCUGCGCCGGAGCCCCGCCACCAGCGCGGCCUGCAGCGCCUCGUGCUCGCGCCGCUCGCCGCCGUGCGCCUACACCGAGAGUAGUCACCUGUCCGGCACGGCUCUAGUCCAGGCGUCCUGGUCGUCGUCGUACGCCAGGCGCGCGACCUGCGCGCGGCCCGCCAGCGGCACGAAGGAGUCGGCCAGGAGCAGCCUGCGCCGGAGCCCCGCCACCAGCGCGGCCUGCAGCGCCUCGUGCUCGCGCCGCUCGCCGCCGUGCGCCUACACCGAGAGUAGUCACCUGUCCGGCACGGCUCUAGUCCAGGCGUCCUGGUCGUCGUCGUACGCCAGGCGCGCGACCUGCGCGCGGCCCGCCAGCGGCACGAAGGAGUCGGCCAGGAGCAGCCUGCGCCGGAGCCCCGCCACCAGCGCGGCCUGCAGCGCCUCGUGCUCGCGCCGCUCGCCGCCGUGCGCCUACACCGAGAGUAGUCACCUGUCCGGCACGGCUCUAGUCCAGGCGUCCUGGUCGUCGUCGUACGCCAGGCGCGCGACCUGCGCGCGGCCCGCCAGCGGCACGAAGGAGUCGGCCAGGAGCAGCCUGCGCCGGAGCCCCGCCACCAGCGCGGCCUGCAGCGCCUCGUGCUCGCGCCGCUCGCCGCCGUGCGCCUACACCGAGAGUAGUCACCUGUCCGGCACGGCUCUAGUCCAGGCGUCCUGGUCGUCGUCGUACGCCAGGCGCGCGACCUGCGCGCGGCCCGCCAGCGGCACGAAGGAGUCGGCCAGGAGCAGCCUGCGCCGGAGCCCCGCCACCAGCGCGGCCUGCAGCGCCUCGUGCUCGCGCCGCUCGCCGCCGUGCGCCUACACCGAGAGUAGUCACCUGUCCGGCACGGCUCUAGUCCAGGCGUCCUGGUCGUCGUCGUACGCCAGGCGCGCGACCUGCGCGCGGCCCGCCAGCGGCACGAAGGAGUCGGCCAGGAGCAGCCUGCGCCGGAGCCCCGCCACCAGCGCGGCCUGCAGCGCCUCGUGCUCGCGCCGCUCGCCGCCGUGCGCCUACACCGAGAGUAGUCACCUGUCCGGCACGGCUCUAGUCCAGGCGUCCUGGUCGUCGUCGUACGCCAGGCGCGCGACCUGCGCGCGGCCCGCCAGCGGCACGAAGGAGUCGGCCAGGAGCAGCCUGCGCCGGAGCCCCGCCACCAGCGCGGCCUGCAGCGCCUCGUGCUCGCGCCGCUCGCCGUCGUGCGCCUACACCGAGAGUAGUCACCUGUCCGGCACGGCUCUAGUCCAGGCGUCCUGGUCGUCGUCGUACGCCAGGCGCGCGACCUGCGCGCGGCCCGCCAGCGGCACGAAGGAGUCGGCCAGGAGCAGCCUGCGCCGGAGCCCCGCCACCAGCGCGGCCUGCAGCGCCUCGUGCUCGCGCCGCUCGCCGCCGUGCGCCUACACCGAGAGUAGUCACCUGUCCGGCACGGCUCUAGUCCAGGCGUCCUGGUCGUCGUCGUACGCCAGGCGCGCGACCUGCGCGCGGCCCGCCAGCGGCACGAAGGAGUCGGCCAGGAGCAGCCUGCGCCGGAGCCCCGCCACCAGCGCGGCCUGCAGCGCCUCGUGCUCGCGCCGCUCGCCGCCGUGCGCCUACACCGAGAGUAGUCACCUGUCCGGCACGGCUCUAGUCCAGGCGUCCUGGUCGUCGUCGUACGCCAGGCGCGCGACCUGCGCGCGGCCCGCCAGCGGCACGAAGGAGUCGGCCAGGAGCAGCCUGCGCCGGAGCCCCGCCACCAGCGCGGCCUGCAGCGCCUCGUGCUCGCGCCGCUCGCCGUCGUGCGCCUCGCGGAGCUCCACCAUCUCUUCGCGGAGAGCCGCGUAUUUGGUCACGCAUUUCUUUAAUCUGAAAUUGGAGCCGAUACAGGUUUUCCUGGGUGAUGAAACCAGCAGCGUCAGAACACUAAACAACGGGCUACCGCAGGGUUCUGUCCUAGCCCCUCUCCUGUUUAAUAUCUACGUGCAUGACCUUCCCAAUACUGUGUCACGUAAAUUCGGAUAUGCCGACGACCUGGCUCUGAUCACUCAACACCACAAAACGGAUUCCAUCGAACCAAUUCUACAAAGAGACCUGGAAGCCCUUGAUGACUUUUUCACCCGGUGGCGCCUCUGCCCUAACCCAAGCAAGACGGAAGUCUGCUGCUUCCAUCUUAACAAUAAGCUUGCAGAAAGAACACUGACCGUCAAGUUUAAGGGCACAAUACUUAAACAUAAUCCGCACCCCAAGUACCUUGGAGUUACUCUAGACAGAAACCUCGAGGGCUUCGGAAGAAAACGUCUUAAAUCCCGAAACCCGCCUGCAUUACGGAUUGAAAACUCCCUGACCACCCGUACCCUGGAGGAGGCAUGGACCGCAGAAUGGGAAGCCCUCAGGGACCACGCAAACCCCUUCUCUGCUCUACCCCUGCGAGUAUCCCCAGUGGGAUUCAAGGAACCGCGCCGGGUGUGGUCUGCUCUUAACCGCUUAAGAACAGGAGUUGGCAACUGCGGCCACCACUGGUCCAAAUGGGGCUGGAGCUCCUCUCCUGCCUGUAACUGCGGGCACCCAGACCAGACCAUCAACCACAUCAUUCUGGAGUGCCCCCUUACUGGAUACACAGGCCAUGUAGAUGAUUUUAAGAUCCUAUCAGAAGAAGCGGUCGCGUACCUAGGAAGGGCGAAAUUCUAA